GGUAGGGGAUGAGAAAGCUAAAAACAAGAUGUGGAGAAUCGGGGUAGUCUUGGCCCCCGAUAUUCCUAUUUCAUCAACAAAUAUCCCUAUUUUAUCGAAGUCGGCGAUUGCGCACGAGUUAAAUUAACACCACGUACUACUGUACUUGUACUUCAUAAAUGGUUAAUAAAACUGUCCUCAUAUAUGUACGCAAAUACCUUCAAACCCUAAUUUAAUGCUGUUGCCGCUUCGUACACGACUCUCUCUUAAUAUCAAGUAGGCAAUUGCUGGAUAGAGACCUAUAUUACUCCCUACUGUCGCUUCGGCGCAACAAUCAGUAGUCCACCAUGGCCUCCAAAGCUAUGUGGGAAGUCGAUCCGGAGACCAGAUCAAAGCUCCUGGCUAUACAAAAGACGAGCAACAACAACAUCUGCUGCGAUUGCAACGCCCCGAACCCGCAAUGGGCGUCUCCUAAAUUCGGCGUUUUCAUCUGCCUCUCCUGCGCUGGCGUUCACCGGGGCCUUGGCGUCCAUAUAUCGUUCGUUCGUUCCGUUACUAUGGACGCGUUCAAACAGGCCGAGAUCGAGCGCAUGCGGCUCGGCGGUAAUCAGGGAUGGAGAUCGUUCUUCGAGCAGCACGAUGAUACCAAGAUGCGCGGUCUAAACUGGGACGAUGCUACUAUCGCGGAGCGAUAUAGCGGCGAAGUAGGUGAAGAAUGGAAGGAGAGGCUUAGCGCCAAGGUUGAGGGUAGGGAAUACGUACCCGGUGAGCGAAAGACCACACCGCAGCCCGCCGCCGCCGCUGCCACAAAGCCGCCUGGUCCAAAACAAAUCAGUAGGACUGGAACGCCGUUGCAAGGCGUGGCAACGAGUGGAAGUCGAACAGCAAGCCCCAGCCGACCAGGUGUCAAAGCUAAAGUCGAUGAUGAAUAUUUCGCCCGUCUGGGAAAAGAGAAUGCGUCUAGGUCGGCGGAAUUGCCGCCUAGCCAGGGAGGCAAAUAUGCCGGAUUUGGAAAUACGCCUACGCCUGCAAAGAGUGGUAACGGAGGGCUCCCAGAUCUAUCAGAGGUGCAGAAGGACCCAGUAGCUGCCCUAACAAAAGGGUUCGGCUGGUUCACAACGACUGUAAGCAAGACGGCUAAAGGAAUCAACGAGGAUUUCAUCCAGCCUACGGCUAAGCAGCUUUCAGAAUCGGACUUCGCAGCACAGGCGAGAGUUGCAGCAGGGAGCGUAGGUAAGGCGGCACAGGCCAGCGCAAUGACAGCACAGGAUCGGUUUAACCGCUUCGUUGAGGGAUCCGACGAGCGAAGGCAAGCCCCGAUAGACGAGAGCAAGAAGGCAUUCUGGGACGACUUCGCCGCCGUCGCGGAUCAACGGCAUGGUACCGGGCCUAAGUAUAGCUCGGUCGGAACUUCAGCCAUGGGAAGAGGAGGAAAUAAGAAUGCGCCGGCAGCGGCCAAGAAGGACGACGAGUGGGACGACUGGUAGUGGCCGGACGGGGAUUGUCAGUUUAUACUACCCAGGUCUAAAUGAAGAGACUGCACAGGUAUCGGGGUGUGCGAUUAUACCUAUAGACGACGGACACGAUGCCAUGCUGUAUAAUUACCUGGUAAGCUAAAUGGAGUUCUGGGUAGCGUAUAUACAUCUAUGUAUUAGAAUCAAUGUAAAGGGUGCAAAUAUUCUUUUUAUGCGGCGGUAUUCGAGUAAUAGGUACCUAGACACCCAAUUACUAAAGUACAACUAAGCAUACUAAACAAUUCUUCAUUAUACCGUUGCGAUAUACUGUACUGCAAUGUUAUAC